ACACCAGUUGAAAUCUGGAAUGCUUUAAAUCGGGCCCAAAAUGGCGUCGGAAAGAAAACCUCUUCAUUUGGACUUUGUCGAAUGGGCAAACGCUUGCAUCUUUGCCGAGUGGCGGGUUGGGGCAUCGACGGUUGGAACAGUUUGAAUCGGUCCAAAAUGUGGAAAUUGGAGGGUGGGGGGGCCGACAUUUGAAUGGUCAAAUUGUUGAAUUUGGAGUCAUUUUGGGCAUGUUGCCAGGGAAUGAGCUGAAGGUUUUGCGUGUCAAGUCGGAGAUUGCAAAUGAAUUGGGGGGUGAAAAACGCAGACGGCCGUCAUGAAUUGGGGGAGGGAGAAAAGUGGCACAGUCUUGAAAUAUGCCAAAGAAAGUUUGGGGGAGAGCAGGGCGCAUCUCUCUCGCUGACCCCCACCUCAGCGUGCGGGGAAUCCCUCUUCCUCCGCGUCAGAGGGGGGUGGGGGGGUGGGCGCGAGUGUGUGUGGGGGUGGCUUCGUGGCGCUUUCACGCGAGUCUGGAACAUCGGCGGACGUUUCUCUUCUUUUUCAAGCAGGCUCUCCCACGCCAAAAGGACGGGGCAGAAGAUUGCGCGUGCGCGCGCCGAAAUAGGAAAGGUCCUCCCCCAAGCUCUCUCCCCCCCCCCCGCGCCUUCCUCGUCCUCAUCCUCGCUGCGGCGCCGCCGUAGUUUGCGCGGCUGCAGCGGCGGACGAUGGAGGCGGUGCGCGGGCGCGCGCCGGCCAUCGCGGUGGCGGUGGCCCACGGCGUGUUUUCGGGGAGCCUCAACAUCCUGCUCAAGUUCCUCAUCAGCGGCCGCCACUUCGGCUUCCUCACGCUGCUCCAGCUGUGCACGUGCAGCGCCGCCGCGCUGGGCCUGGAAACGCUGCGCCGGCUCGGCAGGGUCUCCGUGCCCCCCUUCGGCCUCGGCCUCUCCAAGGAGUUUGCGGCGGUGUGCGUCCUGUCCACGCUGCAGUCGACGCUGACGCUGUGGUCGCUGCGCGGCCUGAGCCUGCCCAUGUACGUGGUGUUCAAGCGCUGCCUGCCGCUCUUCACGCUCGCCAUCGGCGUCUGCGUCCUCAGGAACGGCGCCCCGUCCCCCGGCGUGCUCGCCGCCGUCGCCAUCACCACCGGGGGCGCCGUGCUCGCCGGCGCGGGAGACCUGAGCGGCGAGCCGUGGGGUUACGCCACCGGCGUCCUGGCGGUCGUCAUCCACGCGUCCUACCUGGUCCUCAUCCAGAAGACCAGCCUGGAGAGCCGGCACGGGCCCCUGACCGCGCAGUACGCCAUCGCCGUCAUGGCCACCCCGGUCCUGCUGGCGGGCGCCGUGAUCUCGUCGGACGCGACGGCCGUGUGGUCGUACCCGGGCUGGAAGGACGCCGGCGUCGUGGCGCUCUUCCUGUCCAGCGUCGCCAUCGGCUGCGCCAUGAACUUCACCACCUACCACUGCACCUACCUCAACUCGGCCGUCACCACCAGCUUCGUGGGCGUGGUCAAGAGCGUGGUCACCAUCACCGUGGGCAUGCUGGCCUUUGACGACGUGGCGCCCAGCGCCCUCUUUGUGGGCGGCGUGGCGGUCAACACGGUGGGCUCCGUCACCUACUGCGUCGUCAAGUUCUUUGAGAUCAAGAAGAAGAAUUCCUACGAGCACCUGGAGGGCGGCGGCGACGCGGCGCCGGCGAACCUCCGCCAAGCUCCCCGGGCGGGAGAGGCGGCGGACGCGUCCUCCCGCCUGACGACUGAGAAGGAUGCGGCCGAGACACGCGGGGACGCGGCGGCGGGCGACUACCUGGCGGUCUGGCGCUCCGUCAGACAGCUGCGCUCGCCCGAGGCGGGCGGCCUGGUCCGCAACGUGGAGCAACAGAGUCCCUGAG